CCGCUCCGAAUCCACCCACGCAACCUGCGCCUUGCUUAGGGAUUUAGCUCAGCUUGGUUACUUGCCGACAGUUGGCUCCUGGGUGAGUCCGCUGGGGCAGAGGGGCGGGGCUAAGGGGCAAAAGGGGCGGGGCGGGGCCAGUUGGCAGUUGCCUCCCUCAGCUGAGGGGGAGAAGAGGCGCUUUUCGCGCGCGUUGUUAAAAGGGCCCCAGAGCUCCCUCAGUGUGAGGCAGAAACCCCAUUUCCAUUGUAAUUCUGAGGGACCUCCCCCUUCCACAUGACAUCCUGGGCCUUAUUUAUGAGUUAUAUUAACUUAUUGAAAGCAUUUAUACACCGCCCAUUGGCCCAAAAUAGGCUCCCAGAGAAGCUUACCAACGUGAUCUCUGAUCUCUGCCCUCAGGCUCACGCAGUCUCCCCUCAUAAAAAGAAAUGGCAACUUAUGAGGAAAAGGGAUUUGGUAGGAAGGAGAGGAAAAAGCAAGCGUGGGCACAGGUUCUUGCUUACUCAUUUCAUUAAAGUUUGUGCUUGCCGAUUAGGAAAAUAAACCUCAAAGUGGCUUAUGAAGAAGGCAGAAAAAUAAAAUUGUCACUAAGAAAAUCGUGACCAUAAUUUAAAACACGCAGAAGGCUAAACCUGCCACAGAAUAGACUGCAACAAAUUAAAACUCAUGCAGACUGUAAUCUGGAUAACCAAAAUGUUUUUCUCAGGCGCCGAAAUGAAUACAGUGAAGGCGCCUGCCUGGUACCAUGAGGCAGGGAGUUCCAAAGUGUGUGUGCUGCCACACUAAACAACCUAAUUCUUACAGAUGUGGCACAGCUCUGGCUUCCUAGGAAGGGCAGCCGCAUCAUAGGAAGCUGCCUUAAGGAGGAGAGUCAGGCCAAUGGUCUGUCUAGUUCAGUAUUGCCUACACUAACUGGCAACAGCUGGACAGGAUUCCUGUCCCGGCCUUAACUGGCGAUGUUGGGGAUAGAACCUGGGGACCUUCCACACAGUCAGUGGGUCUUGUUGGCACUUAGGAUCCUCAUGGGACGGGGCUGAUGGAGUUACACUCCUUCCUCGCUGAUCUCCAUGGCAGUUCAGCCUAUAAAGAUCUAAUGGGUGUGCAAGGUCUGAUGAGACAGUUUUGCAAGUAUCCCAGUCCCAAGCUGCAUAGGGCCUUACCAUACCCUCCAGCAUUUCUCCUAUGAAAAUAGGUGCAUCCUAUUCCAUAAUCAGAAUAAUUUUAUUAUUUAUGCCCCACCCAUCUGACUGGCUUGCCCUAGCCACUCUAGGCGGCUUCCAACAUAUAUAAAAACAUGAUAAAAAAUUAAACAUUUAAAAAGAAACCCUUCCCUAUACAGGGCACCUUCAGAUGUCUUCUAAACUUUGCAUAGUUACUUAUUGCCUUGGCUUGGGGGUCGCAUAACCUCCAGCAUUUAUGCGAUGAAAAUAGAGACGUCCUAAGGAAAAGCGGGACAUUCUGGGAUCAAAUCAUAAACUGGGACGGCUUCUGUAAACCCUGGAAAAUGGAGACACUUGGAGGGUUUUACAUGCUAGUACCAGGACCUUGAACUUGGCCCAGUAGCAGACUGGUUGUUGCACAUUCCAGAAACAUGGUGUUUCACGCUGGCGGUAGUUUGCCCAGCAAGCAAACUAGUUGCUGCAGUCUGCAGUAGUUGCAGCCUCUCGACCAGCCUCACAAAGGACACUACUACUGCAUACUUGCACAAAGAUGAAUUUAACAUGACUAUUCCACAGUGAGAUGCUUGAUUGCUGCAUCCAGACCAGCACCAGUUUAUCUGCGAAUAAGUCCCGCUGAAGACAGCGAGACAGGCCAGAGAAGUUCUAAAUUAUUUUAACAGUGUCCCUGUCACUUUUUUCUUUUAGAUUUUGACUGAAGUGUUUCAGUCGAAAGAAACAGCUGAGAAUUCUCAACUUCUGUCUGCAGUAGAAGCUUAGCUGCUCCUCCAUCAUGAAAGCUGCCAGUGUCAAGGCAAGAAAGUGCUCAGUGUUGCCUCCUAUCAUCCCCGAGGCGGAGAAGGAAUUUCUGGAGAGCAUCCAGAGUUACAUCCACUCAGAAAUCGAGAAAGUGGGCUGUACUGAGCAAGGACCGGCUGAGGAGUAUUACAUAAUAUACAGAAAUGUGUUUGAAAUGGUAACCAAGCAUUGCUAAGAACAUUUCGCUUUUCAAGACAAAUGGGUGCGAUCUUAGGAGUUUGGGAACGUAUUCUGACUUUCACUGAAAUCAGUGGCAAAAUAAUAAUGCGCAGCGUUAUAUAGGACUUCUUAAGUGUGCAAAAUGUUUCCCAUCCAUUUUUACAGCAAUUCUUGCAACAACCCUGUAAGGUAGAUCAGUAGUAUUAUCCCCCAUAUUGCAUGUGGGAGGACUGAGGAGAUCAUAAAUCUGCUCUGCAUGAAGGAAGAUCCCAGAUUCAAUCCCUGGCAUCUCCAGGUGGGACCUGUCUGAAACUCUGCUCGUCAGUGUAAAUGAUAAUGAGCAAGAGAAACCAAUGGCAUGACUCAGUCUGAGUCCACUUCCUAUGUUCCUAUGAGGCUGAAAAACAGCAGCCAGUCUGGUUCAUGGUCCAUCCUGCUAGCUACUAUCCUGUGAUCCGCCCUGAGACCUUCAGGUAUAGGACGGUAUAUAAAUUCAAUAAAUAAUAAUAAAUAUCCUGUACCUAUUCCCAGUGGCAUUUGCCAAGGAAUCUACUGGGCCUGUGUUAAUCAGUACUAAUAUGGAUAUGAACAUUUUGUGAUUGAGCUAGGCUUCAUCAUACCGGGCCUUAGUCCUGGAAUGUGUCAAAUAGCAAACAAACAAACAAACUAAACAGGUGUCUUAGUGACAUGUAGCCAGUCCAUCAAUGUGGUGUUGGUGGGGAGAGGCAUCUACACUGGCCCUUUCUCCACAUGCUUGCUCAUGGAGAGAAGGCCCUUUUUGCACCUAUCCUCUUUUCAGAACAGAUGGGAGGGUGGCUGUCCAAUCCUGGCAUUCAGUGAAAUGUGGGCAUGUUUAAGGGAGCUCAACAUAGGAGAGACUUAAGCAGUGAAAACAGCAGGAAGAACAAGCAGUCUCGAUUGUAGUGUAGAUUUUUGAGGGGAUAUUUACUUAGACCUUUUGCAGGUGCCCUAGAAGGUACUGUUGGGCACACUGGGAACCUCAGACACCACACUAACAAGCAAUAUCUGCCAUAUGGAAGGGGGAAGGCUGCUUUGGUCUGACCUGGCAAGGAGGGGUCUUCCAGAGAUUUUGGAAUGAAGCUUUUUCAUAACUUGUGCCUAGUGUGUUAUAAAGCAGGGAAAGCAAAUGACCAGCCUCUAUAUUAUUGACACAGAUAAUAGAGCAUGCUAAUGCGUACAAGAACAUCCUCACUACAAUCAAGCAGGAAUAUGAUGCCUUCAUAGAAGCAAUAAAGAAGGGUCAACAGAAUGCCUUUUAUCUUCAUGGGAAAUUAAAGAUUUUAGCCUGCGAGUCUACAACUCUCAUGUAUUAUAAGAACAGAAUUAGUCAGCUGAAAGAAAAGUAAGGACCUCUUUGGCAACUGUUAAGCACAGGAGGUGGGGUGGAUGACCUUUCAUAGCAUAUUUUUGAGCAAGUCUAGCACAACAGCAUGGACUUAAUAAAAUGGGGUUAAAAACUUUUAAUUAUGUGCGGUUUAGUAUCAUAUUUUUCAUGGAUCAUGUUUCAGUCUAGCUCUCUGCCAGAAUAUACAUUUAAAGUACUCUUAGCACCACUUGAACUGUCAUGGGUUCCCCACAAAGAAUCCUGGGAACUAUGGACCGUUAUGGGUGCUAGGAAUUAUAGCUGGGAUUCUUUAGGGUGAGCCAUGCCUAUUAAAGUGGUAUGAGUGCUUUAAAUGUAUGGUGUGGCUUCAAAGCCACACAAGAAAGUAGUGAAACUGCAACUCUUCAGAGUACAGUGGCAAGCUCUUGGGGAAGAAAAGUCAAGUAAAAGCAGCAAACAAUGCUUUCUUUUAAAAUUUGGGAUGAUUUUCCUAGUCUACUUUUAAACAAGCUCUUGACAAUUCUGUCCUGGCAAGCAUAUUUUUCAGUCAGAGCCUUUGGUGGCUUGUUAUUUAGUUUACUGUCUACUGAUAUGCUUUAUUUAUAAAAUGUCUCUCCCCUCCCCCCCAACCCCCCUGCUCUUUAUUGUUUUUAAUCUGCUGUGGGUUGGUGUUUUUUUUUUUUGUAAGUUGUCUUGAAUAGGACAUCCCUAUUUCCAUCAGAGAAAUGUUGGAGGGUAUGUGAGGCGAAGGAAUGCCUCCACAUAAGAGCCUUUGUAAUUUAUAGGCCUGUGGACUCCAUGUUUGUGGGUUCCCCCGCAGCCGCUGUUCUGUUUGAUUAAGUAAAGUUGCCUCAGACAUCCCAUUGGUGUACUUACUGAAGAAAUCCAGCACAGGGCAAAAUGCAGACCUCCAGACUUCUCUGCCUGACCCUUGGAACUGUCCCGAGGCUGCUCUCCCCACCAGUGCUUUUUUUCUGGGGGGGACGCAGGGGUAACGCAUACCCCUAAACAUUUUGUGAAUCUAAGUUUGGCCUCAUUGAGGGGCAGUAUUUCAAUAUGAGUAGGAAAAUGAGAGCACCCCUAAACAUUUUUUUAGAAAUAAAAGCACUGCUCCUCAAUGUCCCUGCCCUCCAAUCUCCUCUAGUCCUUUUCCCUGGCAACAAUAUGCCCUUGAACAGAAAUACGUAAUGCUCCUUUGCUUGCCUGAAUCAAGAGAUGUGUAUGUAGAAAUCUCUGGUUUUGCAUGAUUGAAAUUUCACCUACUGUGCAAAGGUAAGAGUAACAAUUAUCCCCCUUUGACAUUCCAUCAGAUGUCAAAGCGAUAAAUAACUACCUGACAUUUAGAAGACAUCUUAAAUUCAGGGAAGUUUUUAAUCUGUGAUAUUUUACUGUAUUUUUGGUUUCUAUGGAAGCCGCCCAGAGUGGCUGGGGAAACCCAGCCAGAUGGGAAUGGUACAAAUAAUAAAUUAUUAUUAUUAUUAUUAUUAUUAUUAUAUUCACUUUUGCCUCUGGCCCUGCCCAUCAUUGCCGUGUGGCCCCCACAAGGUGGCACAUGUCAGAAUGAGUGGGAGUGUCUUUGAACUUGGAAGCCACUUACACAAGAGAGGCUGGAUUAAUAUUUCAAUGACUGUUUCUUUUCUCAGGAUACAAAUAAUUGAAAAAAAUUCUGAAAGAAUCACAAACUUGAUACAGAAAGUAAGAGCAUUAAGGCAGACAUUCUCUGCAAAAGACUCUCCAAUCCCGACCAAGACAAUCAACCCUGCCAUCCUCAUUCCAGGUGAGAAGCAGCUCUCUUUAAUAUAGCAAUCAAGUUUCUCUUAAAUUUGGAGCAUGAGCUGGCCAUAGUUACAGACUUUUCAAUUAAGUCUUGUGGAUUUCAAUGAAGGAAAAUCAAGUAAUGCAAUUUAGCUGUCACACUUGACUUUGAGAAAAUUGAAUCUAAUGAAAAAUGACCACAGCUUUGAUUUUGUUUUAACAAAGUUGAAUUUCCAGGUAAUCGUUGUUCUAUCCCAGCUGCGAGUUCACCGGAACCUAUGCUCCUCCUUUCCCAACAGGCAUCAGCAUGAAAGAUUCUCUCGACAUCAAUGCCCUUUCUGUCCACCUGGCUCACCUCCAACAGAGGGUGAGGGACCUGAAAGAAGACAUGUUGACAAAGUACAUCCCCCUGGAGAACACUGUAGACAUUGAAGAGGACCUCAACCAUGCCCUUAUCCAGCGAAAUGAGGCUGAAAAACAGAAUGAGCUGCUGAAGUUUUGGUAUAAUGAUCCCCCUUGCAACAUGAAAUUUACCUUGUAUUUAAAAGAGCUCUGCAGAGUAUUAUUUCUUUCAACCUCUACCGCACUCCUCUAUUUUGGAGCUGCAGUAGCAAUGCAGUCCUCUCUAGGUACAGACCUCAUAAUCAGGCUGGAUCAUGGCUUAGAUCCCAGAGGCGGAAUGCCUAAUACGGUCAUACCUUGUGUUGCAUCUGCUUCAUGUUGCAUCUUUUUGCAUUACGUUCCGUGGCAACCUGGAAGUAUCGGAACGGGUUACUUCCGGGUUCCGCCGCUCGCGCAUGCGCAGAAGCGCCAAAGCGCGCCUGUACAGACGCAGUACUUUGAGUUGCGGGCAUUUUAUGUUACAGAUGGGCCUCCAGAACAGAUCCCGUCCGUAACACGAGGUACCACUGUAGUUAUUAAUUCAACCUCUGGUACGCACAGACACACACAGAGUUGUUAUUUUUUUUACACUUUUAUUUACAGUCAAACCUUGGUUCCCAAAAGCCUCCGUUUUGGAACAUUCUGGCUUCCGAAUGCCAAAAACCCAGAAGUAAGUGUUCCAGUUUUCGAACAUUUUUCGGAAGCCAAACAUCUGAUGUGGCUUCUGCUUGAGUGCUCCUGCAGCCAAUCAGAAGCUGUGCCUCGGUUGUUGAACAUUUCAGAAGCCGAAUGGGCUUCCGGGACAGAUUACGUUCAACAACCGAGGUUUGACUGUAUUUGUAUCCCACCUUUUCUGCCAGAACUCAAGGAGGCACACAAAAAUUAAAGCAAAUACAGAUAAAAUGGACAGAGCUGAAAACAUAUAAAGGGUUAUCUUUCAAAAGCAAUUAAACCACCUGAGGAAUUAAUGUUAAAAAGUAUCUUCUAGAAUGCAGAUAGUAAAAAAUAGUACAGAGCCCUUUCCUUAAAAACCAGUCAGUUCCUAAAAGCCUGCUGGAAAAAUUAUUAUUAUUAUUAUUAUUAUUAUUAUUAGGCUUUACCUGCCAGUGGGAGGAUAACAAGAAAGGAAGACAGUGUAGCUUGUCUAGGAAGAGAUUCCCAAAGACUAGGAGCAGCCACUGAGAAAGUCUGUCCUGCAUCUUCACCGGGUGUGCUCGUGAAGGUAGUAGGACUUCCUCUGAAGAUUGCAGAGUCCAUUUUUGGGAUGCGGGUGGUGCUGUGGGUUAAACCACAGAGCCUAGGGCUUGCUGAUCAGAAGGUUGCCGGUUCAAAUCCCUGCGACGGGGUGAGCUUCCGUUGCUCGGUCCCUGCUCCUGCCAACUUAGCAGUACGAAAGCACGUCAAAGUGCAAGUAGAUAAAUAGGUAAGGUAAAUGGUGGGAAGGUAAACGGUGUUUCCAUGCGCUGCUCUGGUUCACCAGAAGCAACUUAGUCAUGCUGGCCACAUGACCCGGAAGCUGUAUGCCAGCUCCCUCGGCCAAUAAAGCGAGAUGAGUGCCGCAACCCCAGAGUCAGUCACGACUGGACCUAAUGGUCAGGGGUCCCUUUACCUUUACAGAUAGCUUUGACCUAAGCCAUAUAGUUAGGCUAGUACCAGGCAGAUGGAUCAGUGGUUCUCAAUUAGAACAUAGUGACAUUCAUUUCAUUUGAUGGGGAGGACCAACAGCACUUAGGCCCUGGUUCAGUUCCCCAGCAUCUUCUUGUCAAACAACCGCUGCUGAAUCCAGCACCUCUCCAGCCCUGUUCAAAGGAGGUUUGGGUUGGUCUCUGUUAGAAACUAGCCAUGAGUAUUACUAAUAUACAAAGUAAUUAUGACAAUAUGUUUAUCUUUGCAUAAAAAAUGGGAGAGAGAUUGAUAAGGAUUUAUACAGAGAUUUAUAGAUAUUUGUACACGUUACUUGGCUGGACAACUGCAUUUCAGUAUUCAGAUAAGUGAGAAUUUUGAAGGAUGGCUGUGUUUCAGUCUGCAUAUUGUUUUGGAAAUUGCUAAUUAAAAAGAAGAAGAAAUGGCUAAAUUAGGUCAGUUUGCCUGUAAACGCAACCGGAAUUGAAUUUCUCCCUCAUCCCAAAUUGUGAGCCACUUGAUGAAGGAACAUGCAGUAGGAAAGGUCUGUAGCAAAGAAAACUGAAGUCCUCUGUUUUGAAGACUAAAGGGAGCAAGAUGAUAAGAAUAAAGGUGUGGUUGGGGGGAAAGAGAAAUUUAGGCGGAAUCACUAACAGGGAGCUAACAAGAGCCUUUUGAUGAGCCACAGCCAGGCAGCCAGUUUCACGCACUAUUCUCUCCUUUGUAGCUUUUAUCGACUAUCACAGUUUGUCAACGUUGUGAAUAUCUGGGAGAGUUCAGACAGGAGUUUAGAAACUUUGCACCAGCUCAUCAUUCAAAUGAUAGAAAAUGAGAAACUUUCAAAAGGUAAAAUAUACGAGUUCAGAUUUUGCCAUCUAACAGCAAACCAUCAAAGGAGGACAGGGAAGAACAUUUGUCUGUGAUGCAUGCUGAAACAAUUGAUCCAUGUGGCAACCAGCAAUGCUAAAGUUCCCUUUCAUUUUGAAAUUAUUUGCCAAAGUAGGGCUUGCCUUUUGCCCCUUAUGCCAAUUUUUCGGUCCCCUGAUCUGUUCUAGCUCAUUCAUCCGGGGGGCGGGGGCGGGGAGAAGGCAUGGUUUUCUGUUUCUAUCACAUGCAACACUGCUGCAGUUCCUCUUCUUGCUGUCUGCUGAGGUGAAACUGCAUAAUUUAUGUAAUUAUGUAACUUAUGUAAAAUAAAUUUGUCAUUAUGUUAUUCUGCCCCAUUCAUUUCGCUGCAAAGGAAACACUGUGCAAAUGAGAGGAAAUAUAAUCAAUUAUGUAUCAUGUGCAGAUUGAAAGAAACAGCCGAUUGUAUUCACUGGAUUGUUUUUGCUUCUGGACACAUGGGACAAAUAAGAGAACAUGGGCAACUUCUGCUCUCAUUUCUGUUUUCAUUGGAAAACAAUUUCAUUGGAAAUUCUUAUUUGUCAGUUUUCAAAUUUAUAUCUCUGGAGAAUUCCGACAAGCUACACCUUAUGCUCAAGCUGAUUCCUUUCCUGCACUCUUUCCUUUGACUCAUGUGCUAGCAAAUCCUUUCCUGAACCAUCCUAGCUUCACCUUUCAUGUUCCAUCGUCUCCAGCUGACCUCUCCUUACUUCUCUACUACAUCCAGUCCACACCUCUCAUUCCUGUCUUUCCUGCCCACUGCAAACUGUAAGCCUUUUGAACAGAGACUAUGUCACUUCUAAAUGCUGCACAGUGUUUGGAAAACAGCUGGCGAUGUCUUUGGGCACACAUUCGCUAUUGGCCAAAAUUAGUUUAACAGACCUUUCUCUCCCCUGAGAACCCUGGGAAAUGUAAUUCUGCGGUGCAGAGUAGAGCUCUCUAAACAGAAUUCUCAGCACUUUCACUAAACUACAAGAAGCCAUAUCAUUUAAAGUAAUACUAAAAGUGAUGUAAACCUGUGGUUCCUGGUGGUUCUGUUUUCUGAGAGCAUAAAAUGGUAACUUACUAUGGAUGGCUUUCUCUAUUCAGAUACACUUGCCAGCAGCAUUUCCAGCGUAUUUGAACAUGACCCCAGCAAAAGCAAAGAGGCUGAAGACCUGAUUGAAUACAUUGAAAGGUAAGGUGAUGGAGCAUGCCCUUUAGUCUGUCCCCGCCACAACUAGCACAUCAAGCACAUUGCGGUCAUUAGACUGCUCGACUGAACAGAGAGCAGCAGUACAGUGGAGAUCCUCUGACAGCUUCAGCAGUGGGCACAAGCAGUCUCCCUGCUCCCCUCUGUGACAUACUGUUGGUGUGCAGAUUGUGGGAACAUUAAGGAAGGUAGGAGAGGAUAUAUUGUUUUGAUACUAUCCUUCCUCACUCACGCUAGUGAGUAAACAGCAGAGCACAUUCCCUUUGCAACAUAUUGGAAGCAAGUUGAUGAUUCAUUAGAAUCCUUUAACUAAGCAAUCCAGUCUGGAUUGUUCCUGGUAAGUUUUCCCUUUAUUUCCCCCUCAAAAUAAUAAUAACACGACACAGUCUUCUUUAAAAGUAAGAAUAAAGUUUUACUCGCAUUCAGUUCACAGCAGUAAUCUGAAGGCAUGCUUUAUCUUGUGGUUAUAGUAAAAAGAAGUCUGAGCUACAUCUCAGACUUUCUGCUUGUGGGCUACAACCUAUGUGAAGGUUGAGCCAUGCGCUGGCUAAGAGCCACGAGACUCCAAAAGUAAGAGACUAAGAGUCCAAGAGAGAGAUGGUUGUGUGGCCAACCCUUUUUAUCUGGUCAGUUAGGGUCAUCUACCUGGUCACACACGGGGAGGAAGCUCCACACACGUAUGACAGGAAGUCCUCCUUGUCUGGAACCACAUUCCCCUGUGUGUCCAUUCUAGGCAACAGGAAGAUGUUGUACUUGACUGCUCUAGUAAUAAUACAUCCCACACAGCUGGGGUCAUGGCAUACACAGCCAGCAAAACUGCAGGGAAAAACAGAACUGGGGAGAUGUAGCAGGAAGCAAAGAGCAUCCCUUACCAGUUGGCUGUGCCAAACAGAGCUGCUUCUUCUGCUCCUUAAUGCACAGGGCCAAAGGUAGUCAUUAGCACGAGCUGUCCCAGAGAUCUUGGAUAGGCAAGACACUGGUAGAGAAUAAGAUGAGGAAUUGAUGUGAGUGAUGUAAAAAGCUUAUGAGGAAAAUGGAGGUGCAGGGAAGGAGAGAAGCAAAUGGUGUCUUUGAGCAAGGGUUUGCUGGAGAAAUAGAUUCUAAGGAGAGCCAUAACCAAAAAGACUAAUGGAACCAGAGAGAUGGUUUUCUCUUUCUGUUCAGAUGAGAAACGCCAUUUCACUGUUUCACUUCCCUCUUACUUCUCCACGGCCCCCUCCCAUUUAUUUAACAUCUACACAAAACCUCAGAGGGGGUUAUUCAGAGGCCCUUCUUCGUGUGCCUCCUCUGUGAGAGGCCUGGAGGGUGGCAACACGAGAACGGGCCUUUUCUGCAGUGGCUCCCUGUUUGUGGAAGGCUCUCCCCAGGGCUUCUUGCUUGCCGCCUUCAUUACAUAUCUUUAGGUGCCUGGCGAAGACAUUUCUCUUUAACCAGGGGCUGAUUAACAUUUUAUGUCCUUUUUAAAUGGGUUUGCGGGAGGGUUUUUUGUUUGUUUGUUUGUGUUUGUUUUUAUUAUAUAUUUUAUGUACUCAUUUUGUGUUUUUAUGUUGUGAAUUGCCCUGUGGGUGGUAUACAAAUUGAAUAAAUAAAACAGAUAAAAAUGGGGUCAGCAGGAUGGAAAGAGAUGGUUUGCUCCUCACCACAGCUGUCCUGCUGUUCACAGCAACAUAGCAAGAGCAUGAAAGAAGAGCAUCUUGCUAUGUAUUUCCAGUUUGACUAUCAUACCCAUGUUACAUAGCUUCUGGGGUUGUGUCUGGCUAGUGUACACCCACUGCCAAGCAUGGAAUUGUUUUUGCAUCCACUGCUUGUGCCUUUGAACUUUUAUGUUUUUUAACCUGUGCCAGGUUCAAUGAACUGUUUUCCCGUAGUCAGUUUGAGGCUGCUGCCAUAUAUGCAGCAAACUGUCCAAGAGGAAUCCUCCACAAUGAAGAAACCAUGGAGAAAUUUAGGGGUAUGUACGUAUGUAUAUGAGUUAUUAGUCACUCAGUAGAUAGAUAUCUAGAUCUAGAUCUAGAUCUAGAUCUAGAUAUAUAUGUUUCUAAACUGCUUACAAUAAAAUAUUAGUAAGGCAUAACAUAAAAGCAAAUGAAACACAUUGCAGUAAUAAUUUUAGUGACCCAUAAACAGAUCCAGCAAAAUAGCAAACCUUUAGCAGCAGAAAACAGCAAUAAAAAGGGCAUUUACCAUAACCUUUUAAAUCCUUGGGUGAAGAGAGAAGUUUAUGUCUGGUGCUGAAAGGAUUGAAAGGAUGUUAAUGAGGGAGAUCCUCGGAUGUGGUCCUUCUCCCUUGCAGUUUCUUAGAUCAGCUAACUUCCUCUAGCCGUGUUGUUUCUUGUAGCACAAACCACUUAAAGCACCUUAACAACUAACAUUUAUUAGGUAUGAGAUUUCAUGGACAACACUUCCUGCAUCUGAUAAAGUGGAGUCUAGUCUACAAAUGCUUAUGUCAUAAUACAUUCAUUAAUAUUUAAGGUUUUAUAUGACUUUCCUGUUUUAGAUCAAUCAAUAUAGUGCUCUGAGUAGCAUAAUUAGUAUGUCAGGUUAGACUAUUAAAAGAGUACAGAGAGAUACUCUCAGUAGCAGACACUGAAUAGCCAACCUAUCAGGGAUGCUGUAGCAGAAGAUUUUCUGCACUGGAAGGGGCUUUUGAGGUACCUUUCAAUUUUCUGAUUCUGUAAGGUACUACAAGACUCUGACAGCCAAACAGACAGAAUCAACCAAAAGAGUACCCUAAGUAGUUGCGUUGGUGUAGCAGGUUAGAACAUUAUGUAGAUAUAUUUUCUCAGAUUUCUUUACACCUGAAGUCUCAUCAAAGCCUGUAGUAUUAAAAUGCAAUUUUUUAAAUAUUCCUGGUUGCUACCUUACUUUGUGAUUGCGCUGGAUAAAAAAAAUUAAAACUGAUAGCUAGCUAAAUAUAUUUGUCCCUCUGUCCUUUUAAACCCACCAUUCCUCACUUUCCACAACUUGUUUCCCCCCUCCCUCCUCCUCUCUGAGAUUUUCCUCAUUUCUUUAAAUCUUAUCAGCCCUAAGAUCAAGCAAUUAUAUAAAUCCAAGGUUGGAAUUAAGGCUCCCUUAGUGGAGAAUCUGAACUGAGGAGGAAUCAGCAGUGCAGAGAAGAAAAAUGCUCAAGCAAAAGCAUGUUGUUGUUGUUGUUUAGUUGUUUAGUCGUGUCCGACUCUUCGUGACCCCAUGGACCAGAGCACGCCAGGCACUCCUAUCUUCCAUAGCUUGCUUAAUUUUUUUAAAAAAGAAACUUACUGACUUCCCCUUUCAGGUGUUGGCCCAAUCAAAGGGAAGGUUCUCCCUCUGCUCAUGUACUGCGAAGCUCUAAUAAGCACAUGCAUAGCUACUAAGCAGCCACUUUCAAGCCAUUUGGUAGCUGAAGCCAUCCAGUGUGCCUUGAAUGAGAAACGGUUAGACCUGGUGAUGCACUGGGUCACCAUGCACAGGUAAGUGGCCACUCGGAGCAUCCAAGGAGGGUUCAUAGCUCAGUGGUAGAGCAUGUGCUUUUUAUGCUGGAAAGCCCUCUGGGGAGCCACUGGGCCUCAGAGUAGGCAAUACUGGGCCACAGGCCCAUUCAGAGCUUGUUUGAAGCCUGGGGGCAGGAGUCUUGUUCUUACCAUGACAGUCUAGCAGGCCUCUGGCUCUCCUUCCCCACAGCCAUCUUAGCCCUCUGAGGCCCGGGUCAAGUGUGUUAAGUAUAAUUAUUUAAUUGCACAUUGAAACAAAAUCACACUGUAUGUGUAUUGCUAAAAGGGCAUGGGAAAUUCCAUUGAGCUGUACUAGGAGCUCUCUAAGUGCCACCAGGUUGAUAAUUACCUGUUGAUGUCUAUCUACUGGCUCUCUUACAUGGUGUUUAACUUUACACCACAUGGAUGUGAUAUUCAGUUGCAAAUUUCCAUUUUGAGGGUGCCUCUCUCAAGCCACCGAAGACAAAGGUGUGUCAAUGAAGUCUCUCUCUCCUGGAGAGAAAACAGCUCCAGGCUGUAAUGAAGGUUGUGGAGAUGGACAAACCUUUAUUUCAGGCCCAUUUGGUAUGCAACUAUUUGGAUGUACAGUGGUACCUCGGGUUACAAACACCUCGGGUUACAAACACUUCGGGUUACAAAGUCCGCUAACCCGGAGGUAGUACCUCAGGUUAAGAACUUUGCCUCAGGAUGAGAACGGAAAUUGUGCGGCGGCGGCAGGGCAGCAGUGGGACGCCCCAUUAGCGAAAGCGCGCCUCAGGUUAAGAACGGUUUCAGGUAAAGAACAGACCUCUGGAACAAAUUAAGUUCUCAACCUGAGGUACCACUGUAUCAUUUUUUUGUAUUUUUAUCUGUUUGAAGAAAAUUCUUUUAGUAAAGCUUUGAAACCAUAUUUUGGGUCUGGACAAUUUUUAUUGCAAGAGGAACCAGUUUUUAAUUCAUCCUAUUGCUUCAAACUGCACAAUAUUAAUAUCUGCAAUAAAGUAUACUUGGCUGCCCCCCAUUCUGCACAGGUCUGCUAGGCCAUGCGAACCAGUGAUCUGGCUCCAAAGAAGGCAGAUCCAGAUGCGUUACUGAUGCUCCUGCUGAUUGUACUUCUGUGGACAACAAUUCUCAAAAUGUGAAGAGUUAACUCUGAAACUGAGGCAGCCUGGCUCUGUCAGACCCAACUGCAUCGGGGCUGAGCACAGGAGGAGUCACCUCUGUUUAUUUCUUAGGGACGCGGGUGGCGCUGUGGGUUAAACCACAGAGCCUAGGGCUUGCCGAUCAGAAGAUCGGCGGUUCAAAUCCCUGCGACAGGGUGAGCUCCCGUUGCUCGGUCCCUGCUCUUGCCAACCUAGCAGUUCGAAAGCACGAAGUGCAAGUAGAUAAAUAGGUACCGCUCUGGCGGGAAGGUAAACAGCGUUUCCGUGUGCUGCGCUGGUUUGCCAGAAGUGGCUUUGUCAUGCUGGCCACAUGACCCGGAAGCUGUCUGCGGACAAACGCCGGCUCCCUCGGCCUAUAGAGUGAGAUGAGCGCACAACCCCAGAGUCAGUCACGACUGGACCUAAUGGUCAGGGGUACCUUUACCUUUACCUUUUACAGGCCAGGAUGAGAAGAAAGUGAGGCAGAGGCAGCAUGCGGGUGGCAGUAGGGGAGCAAGCAGGUUAGUGGUCAACAGGAAGCACCUGAGCAGAAUCUCAGAAGUUACUUUCCCAGCAUGGGAAUCAUUUGGGUAAUGCUCAAACUCCUGGAAUGUGUAGAGAGAGUCCUACACCAACAUUGCCUUAUGAGCAAGACUUUUCUCAAUUCCUUGUUUUCUCUUCCUGUUCCUUUCUUUUUUUUACUUUGCAUCACUUAGAUUAUAAAUUGUUAUUGUAUUAUUAUUAUAUUUUAUAUUAGUUACUCUCCCCCGCCACUAAGUCUAAAGUCAAAGUGAGUUACAAAAUGAUCCUAGGUAUCAUUAUUUCAGUUAUUCCACAUUGAAAUCCUUCACAAUACCCCAAAGCCUGAUAAGUCCCUAGAAUGUUUAAUUGCUCUUGUUUCCCCUAGACUGGCAUUCUGUGAGGAAGCCGGCGAUGCAAUCUUCAAUUAUGCACAGAUGGAUAAGCACAAUGAGUCCCAGUGCUACGCUUUGGCUCAGAUUGUCUACCUUGAAUGUGGAGCGCACAAAAAAGCCGCCCUGUGCUUGUGCAAACAAGGACAGAUCUACGGAGCCAUGGAUUACCUUCAGCAAUGCAAACGCUUUCCCAGAGGUAGAUUCCCAAGCCUUGUUAAUUUAUAUCUCACUGCAACCACGACAGCACUGAAAUUAACCAAAGAUCUGUUUAAAUCUUAAUCUUCUUCUGAAAAAUGGCAAGUGAAAGAGCCUAGUGAGCAUCCUUCAGCGAGGAGUUUCACAAGAACAGCACUAAUACUUAGAAGGCCCUGUUCCUUGUAGCUCACAUGCCUGACUCCAGAAGCCAGAAAAGGACUUCCCCUCAUGAUCUCAAAUGUUGGGGAUGGUGAUGAUGCGUCAAGUAGCUGCUUUUUCAGGCCUGAAUUACAUGUGUUAUUUUCCUCAUUCAAUGUUAAGCUAUAUGUAGAAAGAAUAAAUGCUUCUCAGCCAUUUUCAAACACUUUUGCAAUGCUCUGUGUGUGAGAAAGAGGAAGCGAUUAUGGCUCUUCCCCUCUCUCUGUUGCUUAUGGUUUAAAACAAGCAUUAGCUCUACAUGGAAAAUAGUUCAUUUGCUGUCCAUCCAUGGGAUCCUCAAGUCCAUCUUGCCUUUUUAAAGAUGGUAGAUCUCUGCUUGCCAGCAAAGAACUGGAGACAUUUUGUGCACCUCGUGCUCCACUUACUGGCAUGGUUGAUUGUAUUGUUUGCAGAUGGCCUUUCUAACAGAAUUGCUGUUUGUUUGCAGAGGACUAUAUCUUCCUACUGCAACAUUGCCCAAAUGUAGAACUCAUGCGCUGCCUAACUCAAGAGUGGAAUGGGCAUCCACCCUUCUUGUCCCUCGGGGAAACAAUCCUGACACUCAUCGACACAGAACACAAAGUCAUUUGCGUACGAUUGUUGGAAGAUAUUUCCAAGGAAGGCAGGGGUGAGCACAGCUGGUUUUUUUUCCAGUAGAAAUGUCACUGCAUGUACUUGCAAUUUAUCCCAUAUCUACAGGCACCUGUAUAUAGUGCAGGCAUGUUUGGCCACACAAGGGUAAGUAGUGGAUGGGGACAGGUGGAGGAUUUUAAUCAGGAGCAGGGGUUGCAGGGAUGCAGUCCCACCUGGAUCCCUCUCUGCUCUCAGCUUCAAUUUAACUUUUAAAAACAAGUGAGAGAUCUCAUCACAGGUCUCCCACUGCCAUGUCGGUUUUUUGCCUUCACACCAUGGGCUUCACUUGUGGCACACCUGUCCAAAAUACUGGCCACCAAUGCUAUACGCCAAAUUAACAGCAGUUAAGACCAUGUUUUUGCUUCCAAGAUCCUUUAAUUCCCCAGAUGGUGCCCUCUAGAUGUUUUGGAGUCCUGACUCUAAUCAGCCCAAGCCAUUGUAGUUCAAAAAAUUUGGAAGACACCAAGUAAACCACAGAGCCUAGGACUUGCCGAUUAGAAGGUCGGCGGUUCGAAUCCCCGCGACGGGGUGAGCUCCUGUUGUUCGGUCUCUGCUCCUGCCAACCUAGCAGUUCGAAAGCACGUCAAAGUGCAAGUAGAUAAACAGGUACCGCUCCAGCGGGAAGGUAAACGGUGUUUCCGUACGCUGCUCUGGUUUGCCAGAAGCGGCUUAGUCAUGCUGGCCACAUGACCUGGAAGCUGUACGCCGGCUCCCUUGGCCAAUAAAGCGAGAUGAGCGCCACAACCCCAGAGUUGGUCACGACUGGACCUAAUGGUCAGAGGUCCCUUUACCUUUACCUUUUAAGUUGGGGAAAGGUGCUUUAAUUGGAUAUGUGAUGCAGAUGUUCUACUAAACGUGAUGGAUUAACUCUGUUGCUUUUACUCAGUUAGAUAAUCAGUUAACAUCCUUUCAUAGAGGACAAUCUGACUAAAAAGUCAUCAUGUUUAACCUGUGACUAAAUGUAGCAAUUAUUUAUGGCUUCAUUUUACCCCAGCUUUAAGAUUUAAGUUUUGAAACAUAAUAUUAACAUGGAUGCCAUUGUUCUAAAGACCUGCUCUACCUUGGCAUCUUACGUCUGCUGGGACAUAGUUCAACCUUGCAAUCCAACCUAUGUUUCCUCAAAAGUCAGUCCAAUGGGGCUUGCUCCCAAGAAAACAUGCAUAGGUUACAGUUCAUCAGUGCAGACUUCUGUGGUGUUAGGUUCCAAUCCUUUGCAUACUAUAUUGGGUGAAACCUUAAGAAUGGAAAUUUACUUACUGAGAGUAAAUACCAUCAAACUCAGUGGGGCUUCUUCAUAGACAUGUAUAGAUCGCCCUGUAAUGGAUUUAGGAUCCUAUCCAAAGGUAUGCAUGUUUCUAUUUCCUACGACUCAUGAUUCAAGCAGAAAGGAAAAGCAGCAAGACUUUGUUUCACAUUUUUCUUUGUCAAAUGUCCUUACAGACGUACUGGAACAAAUGAUUGUAAAGGAUAAAGAAUGUAAUGUGGAUGGCUGGAAGGAAAUAGCUGAAAUAUGCCAGAGUAUCAGGAGAGAAAAACUAUCCAAGUUUCUUAUCACAAUCCUGGCUGCCCAGGCAGGAGUGGUUGAAAUUCCUGAUGGUGCAGAGGAUGCCAAGUUAAUGGAACACGUUUUCUGGUAAUUUCCCCGCAAAUCACACGGGGGAGCUCUUUGCCUCCAGAGUCACUUCAACUGGGUGAAGACUCAACAAAACCUGACUUGUGAAUGUGCUUUCUUCUUAGAAACAAUAAUAUAUUAAACACCUGGAUGCCUGUCCUUAUUGGGAGAGAUGUUUGUCAUGGCAAAAUAUGACUGUAUUAUUUGAAGUCUGUAUUAGAUUUGGUUUUGGAUACCGUCAUCCUUGUUUCACAUAAGACUUGUUCCAGAAGGGUAGCUGUGCUAAGUCUGUUAUAGUAAAAAGCCUGGGGCAGAUUUAAAGACUGUUGCUAGCAGUUCAUAGUCAUGGAGUUUCACAUUCAUACUAAAAUUAUUUUCACUUCAUUUCUCCUCUAAUUUCAUUUUUGUCGCCCAACUUUUUCUUCUUCUGAAAUAGUUUCUGUCCAAAUUGAAAAAUUCCAUAUUUGUACAAUUGCACCUAUGCCACUGGGCCCAGUGGUUGAAAUACUCCCUCCUUCCGAUCGGCAAGCCCUAGGCUCAGUGGUUUAGACCACAGCACCACUCGUGUCCCGCCAGGAUGCCUAAGUAAUCCAAUCAAGCAACCUAGCAGACGAGAAAAAAACACCACACUCAGAUUUCUGUUGUAGUUUGCCCCUUCUGUGAUGUAUGUAUGAUGUUUCUGGGGGUGGUCUUGGACUCCAGGGCGGGCAAUUUAAAAUGUCUAUAUAAGGGCUUGCACACAUGGCUCGGGGUCUCUCUCCCUCCCUUGUGUGUGUGGGGGAGCACCCUGUUGCAACAGCUUUAAUAAAGAUCAGGUUACUAGCUGCUUUGCUUCUCAAUA